AUGUCGACCGUCGGGAUGGACGCCAUCCAGGCGCUUGCGUUGAUGCGAAGGACUUCCUGUUUAAGGCUCCAGGGCUGUGCCGGUGCACGGUUGCAACGUGUUGACUUUCUUGUCAUUGUCAAUCAUCCUUAUAGGCUGUCCAACAUGAAAAAAAUCCUCAACAAAUUAAAAGAGAGACCCUUGAAGAAGGGAACUGCAUCGGUGCCGGUUUUAGGUGCUUCCUCUGCUGAACCCGUGCCCACGCCGGCACCACGGCCGGCCUCUGCUGUGUCAAUAAUGACACCGGCACCUGCGGUUGUAGCCGCAGCCGUAGUCACACCUUCAGUGGCAGCUGCAGCUGCAGCCGCACCCUCAGGUGAUACGGGUUUUAGCACCGUUUGGAACGGUGUUCUGGACGUGCUGCGUAUUACCCAAGCGAGUCUAGAUAGUGUCCCUGUUCCUGGGCUCAAAAGCGCGAUCGGAGGCUUCCUUGAAAUAGUUCGCCAGUUGGACACAGUCAACGCAAAUGUGGAUGCGAUUCGUCAGCUUGAGGACACUGUCAAAUUCUUUAAUCAGUCAGUAUCGAAGCCGCUUGAAACAUACGAAGGGAAACCCUCUGUUCCUUCCGAGCUAAGCGAAGCCAUCGACGCUUUAUCGGGGUAUGUUCAGAUAUCCUGA